AUGGCCUUCGGCUUCUUCGCUCGAAGGAGGCGCCACGGGUACUCCGAGGCCGUAGCGAUGCCCGACCGAACCCAACUAGUCAAGAUCAAGUUGUGCAAUGGAAUUCUGCUCGGCCUUGCCGCUGCGUCGAUCAACCUCAAGGCGUUCUUGGAGGGACCCUGUCGAAGCUGCUUGGACCGGAGCAUGAUGAAAUUCGGUCGAAGCGCAGGUCAGUGGCUUCUGGUGAAUGAACCUGGUGAAGGGCCUUUGGCCGAGCGCACCGCCCAAGAGGUGCGGAAGUCCCUCCACGGGUUGGAGGUCUCCGCACUGGCAGUGGUGGACCUGGCGCCCCACAGUGGUGCUGCCAACUUUGAGGUUCUUCUGGAGCGCUUCCAGGUGGCAUUGACCCAAGCCGCGGUGGAGGAGAUUCAGCGCGCCGACUGGCGGACGGCGCUUCAGCUCUUCGAGGACGGCGCCUCACUGCGACUGGACGCCUUCGUGUAUGGCGUGUUGGCCAAUGUUUGCGCCAAAUCCAGCCAAUGGCAACAAGCGUUACUUUGCUUGCACCACAUGCUGCAUCAAAGCUUGCAGUCGGACACAGUGGUCUUCAAUGCUGCCAUCAGUUCCUGCGAGAAAGCUCAGCAGUGGCCCAACGCCUUGGCUUUGCUCCAGCUCAUGUCGGAGAUGCGAUACGAAGCGGAUCUCAUUUCCCAGAACGCGGCUCUGGCAGCUUUGGGCUCGGCCGGUGAAUGGCUUCAGGCGCUGCAGCAGUUUGAAGACCUGCCGUCGGUCCACUUGGAAGGAAACGACGUCACGUACAGCUCCACGAUGAAUGCAGUGGCCAGAGUUGGGCUUUGGAGGACCGCUGAGCAGCUGUGGUCCAACUUAGAGGUUCAAAACUUGGAGCAGAGCGUGGUGGCGUGCAAUGUCGCCAUCACGGCCUGCGAGAGGGGCAAUCAAUGGACCGAGGCACUCGGCUUUUUGCAGAAGAUUUGGGAGAACUCUUUGGAGCCGACGGUGGUGACUGUGGGCGCAUGCACCAGCGCCUGUGAAGCCUCUUGGAGAACUGCUUUGGCAUUGCCCUUUGACAUGAACAUCGUGGCACUCAACGCGGUCAUCAGCGCGUGUGGCAAAGACGGCCAAUGGGACAUCGCCUUGCACGUUUUUCGUAGCGUGAAGACCUUGCAGCUGGAACCAACCUUGGUCACAUACAACGCCGCCCUCGACGCGUGCGAAAAACGUGCCCUCUGGGAGCUCGCGCUGUUGAUUUUGGACGAAGCCAUCCGGAUCUUUCCACCCAAUGUCAUCACAUGCAGCGCUGUGAUCAGUGCGUGCGAGAAGGGCCAGGCUUGGCCCGUAGCCCUGCAGCUCUUUCUGGACAUGAGCAAGCUGCUCUUGAAGCCCAAUGUCAUCACCUAUGGUUCCAUGAUCAGCGCCUAUGGAAGAGCUGAGCAGUGGGAUUCAGCACUGGAUCUUCUCCAUGCUCUGCAGACUAGGGAGCUCCGUCCAAACCAUGCAGCGUAUGACAUCGCCGUCACUGCCUGUGAACAAGGACAGCAAUGGCAGCCAGCGUUCAACUUGCUCGGUUCCUUGCAGGCAGCUGAGUUGGAGGCAGAUGCCAUGCCCUUCAUUACAGCCGCCCGGGCGACGGCUCGUCCCUGGCCGAGCGGUGUGGCGCUGCUGUCACUGCUUCGAGGUCGAGGCGUCCAGUGCCAGGCGGGAGUCGGAGAUGAUUGGCCUGUCUCACUGGCGAUGCUGUCAGAACGUCAACUUCGACCUGAUGCAGUAAUUCUUCGUAGCUUCGCAUGGCCAAAAGCACUGCAGUUGGCAGAGGCCAUCUUGGAUCGGAGCGUUUUCCUGAGGACCAUGCUCCCCAUGUGCGAAGAUGGCUUGCAGUGGCGAGGCGUGCUUUCCUCGCUGGUCAGCAACACCUUUGAGCUCAGGUCAGGCUGCAGCUCUUUGAUGAGGACCUGUGAGAGCUGGCUGCAGUCUCUCAACUUGUUGCAGACUGCACGGAUUUGGAGGGCCAGGUCCACGGUGCUGCUGUACAGUGCCGCGAUGAACACCUGCGAAGAGCCAGCAACACCCACCGAGAGGCUGUCCGAAGUCUCUCAAGAUAGGCCCUCCCAGCUUUGGCGUGUGGCCACGGCCCUUCUGAUGGACAUGCAGCAGGCUGAGGUGCUCCCGAACCUCAUCACGAUUGGAGCUCUCGUUGGGGUCUACGGCGGCUCCAGUCAGCUUCAGCGGGGCGUGGAGCUCUUUCAGCAGACGUCAGCAGAUCUGGUGCUGUACAACAUCCUCAUCAGCGCCUGCCGGGAGAACUCCAAAACAGAGGAGGCAGGACUUGCCAGAGUUGCAAGAGAGUUCACUGCAGCCCUCCGUCAUCAGCUUCAACCACCUGAUCGCUUGCUGCGAGUCGAAGAAUGCCCCGCGGGCCCUUGA